AUGAAAUUGGUUGAAUGGGUAAUACCCUUUUUGGUUGGGUAUAUUACUAUUCUACCAAAAUUCCUAGCUAAUGGACAAAAUAAUGAUUUCAAACCAAAAGUUAAUAAAAUUAAAACUCAAUCUUCCUUUAAAAUAACUGCAUUUGACGAUUCAACUACUUUACUUAGAAUAGAUAAUGGUAAGUUAGUUCUUAGUAAAGAUAAUGGUAUUAAAUGGAAUUCUAUCGAAGAUAUCAAUAAGAACGGCGAUGAAAUAUCUUGGGUCGAUAUUGAUCCCUUUAAUAAUAGAAAUAGAGCAUACGCCUUGGUUAAAGAUAAAAUAGAAUAUUAUUUGACUGAUGAUAUGGGUGCUACUUGGAGACAUUUAAAGAUUGACACUCCACCGAAAAAACAACCUUUAUCAUGUGACUUGAAGACACAUCCUUUCAAAGCAGAAUAUCUAUCUAUAUCAUGUAUUUUGUGCCCAACUUCAGAUCAUGAUGCUGCAGACGACUGGCACCACUACAUGGAUAUUUCAAAAUGUGAAUCAUUUGUCUCCGUUUCAAAGGAUGCAGGGAGAACAUUUAAUCAAAUCAUAUUACCUGAAAAUGAUAACCAAAUAGCACAUGAUGAUGAUAAAAUAGUUUCCCAAUUUAUAAGUACUACUUGCGAGUUUGCUAAGAUUAAUGAAGAUUCCACACUAUUGUUGUCUGAUUCUGCAAUUAUAUGCAAUAAAAUGGAACAGUUCAUGCGCAUAGAUCCAGAUGACUACCAAGAUAGUAAUAGUGGGGAUACUGUUGGUGAUAUUUUUGAAAAUAUGAUGAAUCCAAUAGUGACAAAUUUUGUAUCAAAAUUAUAUUACACUGAUGAUUUUGGUAAGAAUGUUAAACAAAUUGAAAAAUUUAAAGAUAUGACUGUAAAUUCUUUUAAUAUCCUAAAAUCAUAUCUUGUAGUCAUUACACAAGACGAUAUACAUGAUCAAUUCUCCCCAAAGAGGGUAUGGAUCUCUAAGGAUGGUACAAACUUUAAUCAAGCAUAUAUUCCUUCACAGAUUAGACACCAUUUAGCAGAUUUCAUUUACGAGGAUGAUUUAAGUAGAAUCAUACUUCCAGUUUCAAGGUCUAAUAAUAAUCAUAAACAGAAUACUAAGGAUGGGAAACAGAAACAUAAGGUAGAAAAAUCUGUGUCUGAAGUCUUUAUAUCGGAUUCUACCGGUAUAAAAUUUACUCUUUUAGAGGGUAUCUCAGGUAAAGGUCAUGGCACUACAGACUACCAAACUAUAGAUUUCUUAAAGGGAACAAGCUUUAUUACAAAAAUAUUUUCAUAUAUGGAGAAAAAAGAGGGAAAUGGUAAGAAUUAUAAAUUUCACUCGAAAGGAAUCACUAAAAUAACAACAGAUAAUGGUAAAACUUGGAAUUUUUUAAAGAUUGUGGACCCAGGUAAUGAAGAUAAAUACCCGUGUAAUAUUGCAGAUGUUGAAAAAUGCCAUUUGACCCCAUUUUUGUUUAGUGACUUUGAAUUGGAUCCAACUCCUGGUAUUCUAAUAAUGAUUGGAUCUAUGUCAAGUGGUUCAAGUUCCAAUUUUGUUAAACAAUCGACAUUUUUGUCUCGUGAUGGUGGUAUAUCAUGGAGGCAAAUCUUUGAUUUCCCCACGGCAACUGCAACAGGUGAUUAUGGCAACAUUAUUAUUGCAGUUCCAUUUGAUCCAAAUCAAGAUAACGAUCCAGUUAGUGAAUUCUAUUAUUCUCUUGAUCAAGGGUUUUCAUGGCAGGAAUAUGAGUUGGAAGAAACUAUGACUCCUAUGGAGGUCCUUACAGUGACUAGAGAUGGGUCAGGCUAUAAUUUCAUUAUUUCUGGUGUGGGUUUAGGUAGGAACGAUAAACCACAUACUCCAUUUGAAUCAAAUUUGGUGUAUGCAGUUGAUUUUUCUGAUGCGUUCAAUGGUAAGGAUUGCAAAGAAUCUGAUAUGGAAGAAUGGUUUGUCAACAAGGGGCAAUGUGUGAGCGGGUCUAAAUUUUCAUAUAAAAGAAGAAAACAAGGUUCUGAAUGUUUAGUUAGGAAAGUUUAUGAGGAUUUAACUUGGAAGGAACAAAUUUGUGAUAAAUGUACUGAAGCAGAUUAUGAAUGCUCAUUUGAGUUUACUAGAGAUCCUAAUGGUAAAUGUAUUCCCGAUUUAAAUCUAAUAAAACUGUCUGGUAAAUGUAAAAAAAAUAAACAAAAUUUGAGUCUCAAGCCAAUGACUUUAAUCCAAGGUGAUAAAUGUAAGACUCCAAUGAAAAUAAAUGAUGUGGCAUUUAAAUGUUCUGAAGACAGUUCUCCUCAGGGGAGUAGAAAUUCGAUAACAGUAACUGAAAAUAAAUUCAAUAAUAAAAUUGUUUUCUAUCAAUAUUUCGAUUCCUUCGAUGGUGAGACAAUCAUAUUCGCUGAUAAUACUGGUAUUGCUUAUAUUUCACAUGAUAAUGGACAAAAUGUCCAACAGAUUGAAACUAAUGGUGAAAUCGUUCAGGAAAUCGUUUUUAAUCCAUAUUUUAAUAACUCUGCAUUUCUGUUUGGUCGUAGAGGGUCUCUCUUUAUCACACAUGAUAGAGGUCUUACUUUUACUUCUACAAAACUACCUGAGGCUAGGCAAUUGGGAUUUCCCUUAGACUUUGAUCCAAAGGAUAAGCAUUCUUUUAUUUUCUACGGUGGUCAAAAUUGUGAAAAUCCAUCAUCUCAAGAAUGUCAUGCAGUGGCAUAUAUUACGAGAAAUGGAGGUCGCAGUUUCAAAGAACUGAUCAACAAUAGUAUUCAUUGUGAAUUUGCAGGAUCUCAAUAUAAACAUCCAUACAGUCGCGAUUUGAUCAUUUGCCAAGUUAGAGAUAAAAAUUCUCUUAGACGUUCCUUGAUAUCAACUACAGACGAGUUCCAAAAUGAUAAACAUGUAUUAUUUGAAAAUAUCAUUGGCUAUAUGUCCGGAGAUGGCUACAGUGUAGUAGCUGUAAAUCAUGGUGCUCGUGAAUUAAGAGCAUUUGUCACACAAAAUGGGGAAGAAUUUGCUGAAGCCAAACUACCACAAGACUUAGCCAAUUUGAAACAGCAAACGUUUACUGUAUUAGGUUCAGAGAUGGGAUCAAUAUUUAUGCAUAUGAAUACUAAUAAUAAUGUAGAUCACUUUUUUGGUGAUCUUUUGAAGUCAAAUUCCAAUGGUACAUCUUUUGUUAUUUUACAAAAGGAUGUUAAUAGAAACAAUCAAGGUUUAGUAGAUUUCGAAGUUGUUCAAAACUUAGAUGGGAUAAUUUUAAUCAAUAUUGUGUCAAAUGCAGAAAAUGUAAAGAACAAUCAGGAAGCUAAAAAGUUAAAAACAAAGAUUACUUUUAACGAUGGUUCUGAUUGGGAAUACAUAAGGGCACCAGCAAGAGAUUCACAUGGUAAAAAAUAUGAUUGUAGCAUUAAUGAUAUGGAACAUUGUUCCUUGAAUCUUCAUGGUUCUUCAGAAUAUUUUGAUAGUAGAGAUACAUAUUCAUCUGGUUCUGCAGUUGGUAUGAUGUUCGCAGUGGGCAAUGUUGGUGAAUAUUUAUUGCCAAAGAACCAGUGUUCGAUUUUUUUUACCAAAGAUGGUGGUGUGACAUGGAAGGAAAUAAAGAAGGGUGCACAUCAUUGGGAAUUUGGUGAUCAUGGUAGUGUUAUAGUUGUGGUUUCAAGUGAUAAAGCAACAAACUACAUCACAUAUUCCUUAGAUGCUGGUGGUACUUGGAAAGAUUAUGUAUUUACACAAGAUAACAUUCUUAUUUCUGAUAUCGUUACUGUGCCACACGACUCAGCGUUAAGAUUCCUAUUAAUAACAGAAACAAGUGAUGUGAAUGGUCCAUACACCAAGACAUUCACAAUUGAUUUCUAUAACAGUUUUGAGAGACAAUGUAUUUUUGAUUUGGCAAAUCCAAAUAACAAUGACUUUGAGUAUUCUAGGAUAAUCAAAUCAAAGGAUGAAUGUUUAUUUGGUCGCAAAACUGAAUAUUUAAAAAAGAUUCAUGAUGAGUGUUUUAUUGGAAAUAUCCCAAUGAGUGACUUUUUUAGAAUUACUGAAGUCUGUGAAUGUACAAGGAAAGACUUUGAAUGUGAUUACAAUUAUUACAAAGCUAAAGAUGGGACAUGUAAGUUAGUUGAAGGCCUGUCACCCCAAGCACCAGAAAAUAUUUGUAAACUUGAUCAAAAUUUAAUUGAAUAUUCGGAACCAACAGGUUACAGAAAAAUUCCAUUAUCCAUUUGUCAAGGUGGUUUAACAUUAGAUGUAACGAUGGAUAGAUAUCCAUGUCCAGGUAAAGAAGAAGAAUUUAAGGAGAAGUACGGUGUAAGUGGUACUUAUUUCUUCCAAAUAUUCUUUUUGUUCUUCAUUGGUUUUACUAUAUUUGGUUAUAUUGUCUAUGAUCGUGGCAUUAGAAGAAACGGUGGUUUUGCAAGAUUUGGGGAAAUCAGGUUGGGUGACGAAGAACCGCUUGUUGAGAAUAAUCUUGUAGAUAAAAUGAUUAAUGCUGUUGUUAGAGGUGGACUUACUGCUAUUUCAGGGAUAUAUGCUGGAGCACAAUUGGUUAAAAGGUUCUUCACCUAUUUGGGAUCUUCCGUAAAUAAUAGAUUUACUUCUAGAAGAGGUCCAAGUUAUUCAAGUCUUAUUCAUGAUCAACUGUUAGAUGAAGCCGAUGAUUUGCUAGCGGGACGCGAUGAGGAUGCCGACGAUUUGGCUAGCUUCAUCGAGCAUGAUAGCAAUUUUGAUAUUGACAUUAGUGACAAUGAUGAUAAUGCAGGUAGGGAUGCUACUGAUACUACAAUCUCUGAUCAGAGAUAUACCGAUCACCUUGAAGAAUCAAGGGAAGUUCCAUUAUCAACUGACACCAACAAUCAAGAGGGUGCUACGCUCUCGUCUAAUAACAAGGAUGAUACCAACGGUUCUGGUAUAAAUUAG